AUGUCUCGGAAUGUCGUUUUCCCUAAGACGAGGACACCACCGAUCUCCGAGGUGCCGAGUCCUCGACUUGAGGAGGAGAAUGUGCCGCUCGCGCAAGACAAGUCGAGUCCUCCGGCCGAGGACACCACUCCAUCUCCCACCUCUGCUAAACCCACACCAGAUUUGACCCCCGAUGAUAUCAAAGUCGACGCUGGCAACCCAUCACCCCCUAUUCGUUGCUCUGCACGCUCAGCAACUCCCGCAUCAAUCAACUAUCGUGAGGCCGCAGGCUACCAGGUUCGGAAGCCCAAAGUGGAUGGCGACAGCACGAAGGCGCACUUCGUGGCUGGCGAAGCAUGUUUCCACACCUACACGGACGAGCCGCAGAGCGUACCCGAAGUCAAGUCGCGACCCGGCUGGUCACACUGGAAGACAGCCAUGGACGCCAAAAUCGCACAGCUGGAUCAACUAUUGACCUACGAGCUGGUCGAUCUGCCCCCCGGCCGCAAGCCCAUUGGCUGCCAGUGGGUAUUUGUAAUCAAACAGAAGGCUGGUGGUGAUAUCAGCAAGUACAAGGUACGACUCGUUGGCCAAGGCUUCAUGCAGAAGCCUGGGCAAAAUUUCUUUGAGACCUACGCACCGGUCUGUCAACAAGAAUCCCUCCGCGGUCUCGUGGCCAUCUCAGCACUCUAUCAACUCUUCAUACGCCAACUUGACGUCACUGGAGCAUAUCUUCACGCUGAACUCAAAGAAGAAAUCUACAUGGUCCAACCACCUGAGUACAACGAUGGCACCGGAUGUGUCUGGCGACUGCGCAAGGCUAUCUAUGGGCUACGGCAAGCUGGCCACGCCUGGAACAUCAAACUCAACUACGAGCUCGCAGCUCUCGACUUCUGCCAGCUUUCUGCCAACGCCUGCGUGUACGCCCGCACACUCAAUGGUGCCCCCAUCUUCAUCAUCACGCACGUCGACGACAUGUCUCUCAUGACGUCGAGCCUCACCGUUCUCACAACUGUCAAGAAGCAGAUUGCAUCCCGACUGGAAGUCACCGAUAUGGGCAAAAUCAAGAAGUAUAUUGGCAUCGAAUUCAGCAUUGACCGUGAACGCGGUAUCUACACAAUGCACCAGACCACCUACCUCACAACCAUCAUCGAACGUUUUGGCAUGCUCGACAGCAAGCCCGUCCGCAUGCCCAUGGACCCAGACGUCCACCUCACGCCCACACCUGAGAACGACGCACCCGAUACAACAUUUCCGUACGCAGCUGCAAUCGGCUCGCUCAUGUACGCGGCUGUCAGCACAAGACCUGACAUCGCGUUCGCCGUCCAGCACCUUAGCCAGUUCACUGCUCACCCAUCUGCUGUGCACAUCACGGCAGUCAAACACAUUUUCCGCAAUGUUCUCACCGGUUACACUGAUGCUGACUGGGCGACAUCUCUCGUCGACCGUCGCUCUAUUUCCGGCUAUGUCUACACGCUCGCAGGGGGAGCUAUUAGCUGGAGCUCGCUCAAGCAGCGCUCCGUCGCGCUCUCGAGCAUGGAGUCGGAGUACAUGGCUCUUGCACAUGCUACCAAGGAAGCCGUAUGGCUUCGCGCCCUCUUCUCUGACCUGGGACUGCUCUUGGACGGUCCAACGCCUCUUCUCGGCGACAACCAGGCCACCAUCGCAUUCUCGCAAAACAAUCAAUUCCACAAACGCUCCAAGCACAUUGACGUGCGGUACCACUUCACACGCGAACGCAUAAUCUCCAACGAGAUUUCUGUCACCUACUGCGCAUCCGAAGACAACCAGGCCAAUUUAUUCACGAAGGGCCUGUCUCGUCCUGCGCACGAGAGGCAACUCGCUCGAAUCGGGCUUCGCGCUCAUUGA